UUGUCACACUCUGGGUCCUCUCAGUGACCAAGAGAACAGAAAGAAAAUCUGACUCUGCAUGAGUGAGGGGUAAACCGAGAGAGCGCAACUGCAACCCGAGGGCACCUCUGCCUGGAGCCUGGAGAUUUUCUUUCCUGUCGGAGACUCUGAACCAAACAAUAGGUUACUCCUCAAGUGGAGAGGCAGCAUCUACAAACUACUGUACAGGGAAUUUAUUGUCUUUGCUGUUCUUUACACAGCAAUAAGUUUGAUGUACAGAUUCUUACUUACAGGAGCCCAAAAACGUUACUUUGAAAAAUUAUCAAUUUACUGUGACAGAUAUGCUGAACAAAUUCCAGUAACCUUUGUGCUUGGGUUUUAUGUUACUCUGGUAGUGAACCGAUGGUGGAACCAGUUUGUGAAUCUGCCCUGGCCAGACAGGCUGAUGUUUCUCAUCUCCAGCAGUGUUCACGGAAGCGACGAGCAUGGGCGCUUGCUCAGAAGGACACUGAUGCGCUAUGUCAAUCUCACAUCCCUGCUCAUCUUCCGCUCAGUGAGCACAGCUGUGUACAAAAGGUUUCCGACGAUGGACCAUGUGGUUGAAGCAGGUUUUAUGACAGCAGAUGAAAGAAAAUUAUUUGACCACCUCAAAUCUCCUCAUCUGAAAUACUGGGUUCCAUUCAUCUGGUUUGGAAAUCUCGCAGCUAAAGCCCGGAAGGAAGGUAGAAUCAGAGACAGUGUUGAUCUGCAAUCAUUGAUGACUGAAAUGAACCGAUUUCGCUCCUGGUGCAGCCUCUUAUUUGGUUAUGACUGGGUUGGGAUUCCGCUGGUUUACACCCAGGUUGUCACGCUGGCUGUCUACACCUUCUUCUUCGCGUGCCUGAUUGGACGCCAGUUUUUGGAUCCCACCAAAGGCUACGCGGGGCAUGACUUAGAUCUUUACAUUCCCAUCUUUACUCUCCUACAAUUCUUCUUCUAUGCAGGAUGGCUCAAGGUAGCCGAGCAGCUUAUCAACCCUUUUGGAGAAGAUGAUGAUGAUUUUGAAACUAACUGGUGCAUUGACAGAAAUCUGCAGGUCUCUCUUUUGGCCGUGGAUGAAAUGCACAUGAGCUUACCCAAGAUGAAGAAGGACAUUUACUGGGAUGAUUCUGCUGCUCGACCACCGUAUACACUGGCAGCGGCUGACUACUGCAUACCCUCAUUUCUGGGGUCAACAGUCCAAAUGGGGCUGUCCGGGUCUGACCUGCCGAGUGAGGAGUGGCUGUGGGAUUAUGAGAAGCACGGCCAUCGCCGUUCCGUGAUUAGAAGGGUCAAGCGGUUCCUGAGCGCCCACGAACACGCUGCCAGCCCCAGGAGGAGAAGUUACGGGAGGCAGGCCAGUGACAGCUCCAUGUUCCUCACCCCAAGGGACCUCAGCCCUGCCAGGGAUCUGCUAGACGUGCCCCCGAGGAGCCCUCACCGUGCCUCGGCCCCCUGGAAGGAGCCGUGGCCCGCAGAGGGGAGCCCCAACGUGCACUCCAGCCUGGGAGAGCUGUCCACCAUCAGAGAGACCAGCCUGACGCCCCAGUCCAGUGUGAGGGGCUCCCCCACCAAAACGCCGCAGGUCCCCGAGGUGCGGGUCACAGCACCAGUGCCCCCGGUGGAGGAGGACCACUACGACUCCACAGCCUCCAUCCAGAGCUCUGACUUUACUGGGGUUCAGCCGAGCGGGACUGGGCAGCAGGAGGACCCUGCGGGAUCCAUCCCGUUCCCCUCAGAGAAAGGGACACCUCCUCAGGACCCCAGCUUCCAGACUGUUCCAGCCAAAGCUGAGGGAAACAUCCUCAAGUUCGCUUCCGGGGAGGACCUUCGGGAGAAUGACAAGUCCCCACAGAGGUGGAGCCUCCCGGGGUUGCUAGGGUCCAGCCACAUCUCCCUGGCAGCCCCAAGUCUGGCUCCCACGAGCCCUGAGCCAGUUUCUUUACUUGACACAGAAGCAUCCUCAGAGACCAGUGGAAUCAACUUUGUGGCUGGUUCUCGAGUGUCCCCCGAUGUGCUGUAUUUAAUGGAAAACCUGGACACCAAGGAAACGGAUAUCAUUGAGUUUAACGACGAGCAAACCGAGGAGUCCCCCAAAGGAAGGCCAGAAAGCUCUCGGACCUGGUUCUAACCUAGAUUCUUACUUUCCCCAAAGUUCAAGCAUGAGUUCCAGAACAUACCUGGGGCCUGGUCAGGUGUCUUUUAAAAAUGAUCAUACUGUAUAAGCUACUGAAAACUUUGAAGGGCAUUAUUAUGAUCCUGACCUUCUGGGAACCGAGGAAAUGAAACACAUGCAUGCCAUCCAUGACAAAGUGACUUUCAUAGAAGUUAUGCAGACCACAGGGACAGAUCUUAACCAAAUCAGGACUCUUAAAAACAUGCACAUGACUUACAAAGCACAGACUGGGAGCAUUGCAAAGGGCCUUAUAGAUCAUAGUUCUGCCAAGAGGGAGACAAAGGAGUCUCUCUUUCCUUCCCCCCCUUUCUCUUCCUCUCCCUCCCCC